AUGGCCGAUUCUUCUGGCACGAAAGAUGUCAGGUCCUCUGUUGAUGCCGUUCAUGUCGAAACAGCUGACCGCCGACUCGAGCCGAGAGCAGAGCCCCAGGCACAUGGCACCGUCCAGCUUCUUCAAGGUGGUUCAGUCGUCCUGAUUCCGACCCCGAGCCCAGAUCCAAAAGACCCCCUGAACCUUCCGAAAUGGCACAAAUUCUUGAUAGUCUUCAUUGUGGCAUCAUAUUCAGCGACUUCGGUUCUAUGUACAUCUGGCAUGGGAUCAGUCUUCCCGUCAGUCUUAAAAGAAUACGCACCGUCAGAAGCGACCCGAGCCACAGACCUGCUUACUUACCCGACGCUGUUCAUGGGGAUCGGGAAUCUCUUGUCGAUGCCACUCUCUGUCACGGUAGGCCGCAGGCCUGUCUUUCUGGCCUCGCUUGUUCUGCUUGUGGUGUCUGGCAUCUGGUGUGCCUUCCCGGCCUUAGUGAGUAGCCACAUUGCCGGCCGUAAUUUUUACAGCAUCGCCGCCGGUCAGAGUGAGGCCUUGGCGCCGUACAUCGUUGAGGAGAUCCACUUCCUUCACGAACGCAGCGCAAAGCUCUCUUGGUUCAUUGGUAUACAAACUACUCUCACCGCUGGCAUGUUUGUCGCCACUACGUACAUCGUCCCUGCUCGGGGUACGAAGUGGUGGUACCUCAUCAUCACAUUCCUCAACGUCGCCAUCCUUAUCUUGUCACUUGUAUUCGUGGUUGAAACGAAGUACGACCGCCCUGAAGACGCUGAUAGGGGAGAGGUUCACCUGAAGCUGGACGAAACAGGCCAUGUCAGUAAGAACGGCGACUCAGAGAUGAUUUUCAGUGUCACGACCCGACAAAACCACCAACUACAGCCUGAAGUCUUUGGCCAACGGACAUGGCGGCAUGACCUGCAAGUAUUCCAUUUCAAACCCGAAUGGAAGCGAACAUUGGCAUUUUACAAAUACGCUUUCCAAUCACUUUGCCUAGCAAAUAUCGUCUGGGUCCUUCUCCUCAACGGCACAUUUUUGGGCAUAUACGUAUACCAGGCAUCCACAUUCGCGACAAUUCUCAUGUCACCGCCUUAUUCUUUCAAGUCAGGGUGGCUUGGAUAUGUCCAACUUGUGCAGGUGCUAGAUUCUGUCAUCAUGGUUCCGAUUCUAGGCUAUGGAUCUGACCUUGUUGCUCGGAGUAUGAGCAAACGGAGGAAUGGCCUCUUUCAGCCCGAGUACCGUCUGAUAACCUGGAGUCUUCCAAUCGCCUUGGCGGUCUUGAGUUGUGUACUCUAUGGCCAAGCUGGGGCGCAUCCUGAUCGUUGGCAUUGGAUGACCAUCGUGGCUCCCUACAAUGUCUGCUUCUUCGCCUUCCUCGGUGCGAAUUUAAUCGGCAUCACCUACGUGGUUGACAGUUUCCCCAGCAAGGCUGGUCCCCUGCUACUGGUCAUCUGCGCUGGUCGAGGAUUCAUCUCCUUUGGUCUUAGCUAUUCGACUGUUCCCUUGAUCAAAUUGACAGGCUACAAUGGUGCCAUGAACAUAUUUGCCAUCAUAUCUGGUGUCAUGGGGGCUCUGGCGAUUCCAGUGUAUUUCUUCGGGGCCCGGGUAAGGCUGUGGGCGACGAACAGGCUGUGGCCAGAAGUGACAGUGUGA